AUGCAUCAGCACCGAUUCUCGUAUCUCUCGUGCGAAACCGACGACAGCGAAAGCCUAGCAACACCACUGGACGCAUCCCCUUAUCUACCGCUUGCCACACACGUUAUUACCGUGGUGCCCAACGAGUCGCUGACUGAUCGACCCCACAUUCCCACCAUUGCAACUAAUCGUCGACGACACCCUUCUUAUUCUUCUACUACUGAGACUGAACAACGACGACGGCGACAACAACAGCGGCGUCACUUGGAGCAAUCAAGUACCGUUGCUAUGUUACAACAACCACUACAACGUCGUCGCUCGUGGUCACUAUCAUCGUCGUUACCCUCGUCACCAAGUAACCUGUGGCCACGAUUGAAACAAAUGGUUUCCCGUUUCCAUAUGCAUAGCAGCAGUAGUACCGAUAGUGAUAAUAAACCAGUCAAGAAACAGCAGCAUGAUAAAGACGCCGACAAUCAUAUCGAGCAGCAAGACGACUUGUCAAGUCAGCUAUCGGCGCUCAAAAUAUCACCCAAAGCGGAGGAUAACAAAAGGAGGCUGUGGUUGUUUGACAAGAAGCAGAAAAAGACUCGCAUUCAGCCUUCGUGA